CAUAGAGUCUACCAAGAACUGGGUGCAGUGGCAUGUCUGUAUCAAGGCAAGAGAGAGGUGUCCCAUCAUAUUACAACACAGUCGUUUUGAACAUCACUUUUAACUUUGACUGUCUUCAUAAAUGGCAACUGUGUCCCUAUCCUCUCUCUGCAUGCUAUCGCUCUCUCACUUCCUAAUUCGGCAAACAUUUUCCCCUUUUCUUAGGGCUUUGCAUGCAGCCUUAUCACUGACCUACCUCACACACUAACACAUGAAUUUCUCAUUGCCCCCAACAUUAAAUUCUUCAUUCUCAAACACACUUUUUUCACAAAUUCAUGUACUAACACAACAUUCACUCUGAAAAAAAAAACAUUUGUUGCGUAUAUUAUAUGGCUUCCGCGUACCUUUUCGUCGUGGCGAUUCUUGUCUUUUGCGGCGGAGCGGCGUGUUACGACGGCGGCGCAGGGAUGGAGGAGGGGGAGCUGUUUGGGCUGUUUGAGGUGAUGGGGUCGCUCUUGGAGGACCCCACUUGGGCGGAGAUGCACCCGCUGCCAUGCACCGAUACGCCGUGGCCGGGAGUGGAGUGUGGGCUUAUGGAAGAAACCUCCGUCUUCCACGUCACCAAGAUUCACGUCGGCGACGACGUCGUUUCCCCGCCGUGUAAAUCUUCUGCGAGAAUCUCCCUCUCUCUCCUCAAACUGCCCUACCUCCGAACUCUCUCUCUCAUCAACUGCUUCACCGAUUCACCCGUUUCUCUGAACAGACUCCUCUUCCAAUCUCUCUCCUCAUUGGAGCACUUGACUCUCGACUCCAAUCCCGCCCUAAUCGGAGAGAUUCCUUCCACAAUCUCGAACCUCGCAUCUCUGAAAACGUUGUGCCUGUCGCAGAACAAUCUCAGCGGCCAAAUCCCUAAGCAAAUUGGGGAUCUCGUUAACCUGCAGCAGCUCGUUCUCAGCCACAACAACUUCACCGGUCCGAUUCCUCGAGAAAUCGGAGCCAUGGAGAAGCUCACGAUCCUCGAUCUCAGCUUGAAUUCCUUGCAGGAAACGCUGCCGAGCUCGAUCGGCGACCUCGCCUCCCUCGAGAAGAUCGAUUUGAGCUGGAACGAACUCCGAGGAGCUCCGCCGCCGGAGUUGGGGAAAUUGAGGAGGCUCAAUCUGUUGGAUCUGAGCCACAACUCAUUCACAGGUCCCAUCCAUGAAAAUCUAUCGGGAAUGCAGCAGUUACAGUACCUAAUAAUGGAUGCCAAUCCAUUAAAUUCAAAAUUCCCUUCGAUCACAGGCUCACUCACUCGCCUCGCCGUUCUGAGCUUAUCGCGCUGCGCGCUUUACGGCCCGAUCCCGAGCGUCUUCUCGAGCCUGACCAACCUAACGGCGUUGUCGCUCGACGACAACCGCCUCGACGGCGCGGUUCCAGCGGAGAUCGGCGCGCUGCGGAGCCUCGAUACCUUGAAUUUGAGCAGGAAUCAUCUCAGCGGUCGGCUGCUGUUUCCGCAGGAUUUCAUGAACAGGAUCGGGCAGCGCCUCGAUAUUCGCGAAAACGACGGCUUGUGCGCGGAUGUGGCGGUGAGGACGAGCAAUAUGAGCUCGAGAUUGUUGCAGAACCCUAGCUGUGAUACUGUGAUAUUUGCUGCGCCUAGCAACAAAACAAUGGCGGCAGAUCACACAAACCGCGGGGAUCGUUCUGCAAAUUUGAAGCCGGAUCUGUAUGGUGAUGAUGAUACCAGCUCGGAUCACCGUGAUUCCGAUACCAAACUUGUGCUUUUCUUUGAAUUUGUGUCGUUGCUUUUUUUGUUGCUAGCCUCAUGAAUUUCUGUAUCCACUCUCUGAGAUUUUUAUUUAUUUUUAUUUUUUUAUGAUUGUUGUGUAAUUAAAGCUAUGUUGAAAUUUGAGAUGUGCUAGUUUAAUUGCUAAAUUUAACACAAUUUUUCAUCAA